AUGAAACUCGGACAUUUGAUCUUAGGAACGCUCUUUUGUGCACCAGCUGCAUUUUCAGAGGAAAUUUACGAUGAAUCAACGGCCACUGAAUUGAACGAUUUUGAGCUUGAUUACGUUAUUGAAGAAUACAAAGAAGUAGCUCAUGAUUCCGUGGCCGAGAUGAAUCUGGGAGAGCAGAUCAAAUUGCUCUAUACUCUUAGGAAUAAUGAGGAAACAGAUAUCACGAUUGUGGGUGUUGGUGGCUCUUUUAAAAGUCUUUUGACGGGUGACUCAAUCGCAAACCUCACAUCGAGUGCCGUGGGCCCAGUGGUAGUACCACCGGAAGGUUCUUCAUCAAUUGGUCAAAGAAUCACAUUGGAUCUUGAAGCUGGAAACUAUAUCUUGUCGCCUCAAGUUUUUGUCGCUUACAAAGAUGAAUUAAAGGCAAUACAGGCCAGAUCCCAGCUAUUAGUUGUGAAAGACGCUCCUCUUUCUUUGUUAGAUCCCCAACUACUAUUCUUGGAAGUUCUUCUACUUGCUGAGACCUCGGGAAUGCGUCUCUAUUUAAAUGAACGUCCAAGAACCUUCAUCGUACUUGAUGCAAAUUAUUCCCUCAUUUUAAGACAUCCGAAUCCGACGUACAAUAGCCAUAAUCGUGUGAAGCGCCACGCAGUACACAAACAUCACGAUGGCACUAAGAAUAAGGACAGAGGUAAUCCUCACCAUGUUUCCGGAGCAUCUAAUAAAGUCAUAGUUGAGUUUGUCAAGACGGAAUUCCUUGAUCUAUCUUCCUUUAAAGAUAUAACGCCCAGUAGAACGAAACAUAAUAAGACACUAUUGGGCUUCAUAGGUUUACUUUACGUCAAGAGAAAUAUUCACCUUGGGUUUAUCACCCGGUCAACGAGGGUAGCAUCUCCGAGAAUCAAUGAGAAUAUUAAUGUGGUCAAUGAUGUGACAUUCUACUGUUUGAACAAUGAUGAGUUUGACAGCACAAUAAAUCUAAGUGAGGAAGAGCUGAACACUCACAUGCUGAAUGAAGAAACAGAUAUACAUCAUAAGUUCCCGUCGUUAUCCGUGCAGAAGCUUCUAAGACUGGGUCAUUUCUAUUACCUGGAUGACUUCGAUAUUACCUCAAACCUCCAAGAACGCGGACUCUCCAGAAUAGACAGCAACCGUGUUUCAGCAGAUACUCCCUACUUCAAAAGCUUCAUGUGGAAUACUUACAUGAUAUCAGAAAUAAUUGAUUUUCGGAACGGCUUAAAUCCUAUUGAGAAACAAUCUUUCGAUGCAGCGAGAUUUUUGACCAUAAUAACAAGGGGCUACGCCAAAACAAUAAAUAUCAGCCUCGAUAAUAAUGAGGAGGCGCUUUUGACGCUCAUAUCCAAACAGUCAUGUGUGAAAAAUGGUCCUCUUUUUGGAGACUGGGGAUGUGAUGAUGAUGGUGCCGUAUCUAACUUUGUUGAGAGUGAAGUUGUUAUCUAUUGCGAGAAGUUUUGUUUUGCGUACGUUCUACUUCGAGGAAACGUUCCUAGCUUCUGGGAAUUGCAGAAUUCUUUCAGCAAAAAAUCCAUAAUAUCAAAAAACUCCAAAAAACUUGUUUUGACAAGAUCAUUCGAAGCCGCACAGCACGCCUUCAAUAAGCACUUUGAUUCACUUGGUAAUCAGUAUGGCGAUAUUCAUGUUAUUGAUUGUCUUCUGAGGGACCAAUCAAGCUAUAAAGGCCAGCUUAAGGAUAAUUUUAAAGAGCAUUUGCAGUCAUAUUGGACUUCAACAGGUAAGACUUCUGGGAGAACGUCUGACGAAGAGAAGGAUACAUCGGGCGCAGUAACGAAUUACAAUCUCUCUGCAACUGAUAUGCCUAUCUCCACGUCAUUUAUGAAAAAAAUUGGCUACUCUUUAUCAAACCCAAGCGAGCUUAUUGGUCCACUAUUAGAAUCAAUUGUCAAUUUCGGGGCCCUUUUUUAUGACUUUAGUCAAGAGACAUAUGUUGGAAAGCAACUUGGUAUCUUCAGAGUGAAUUCUUUUGAUUGCCUUGCGAAAGCUAACUUCAUUUCCAAACUAAUAUGCCAAGAGGUAAUUGACUUGGCUUUCAGGGAUAUGAAUAUCCGUGCAGAUGGACAGAUACGUACGCAACAUGCAAAGUUAUGGAAAGAAAACGAUGAUGUGCUAAAAGAGCUCACCCAAAACUAUUUAUCGACUUCUACAAGCAUUCCAACAGGAAGAGGAGCGAAGAGAAGCCUUAAAGCUCAACUCACAAAGAAGUAUCUCAAUGUUGUGGGUGAGGUUAGGCCAAACGAGAUGGCCAUGCGAAAACUCCUUGGUCGGUUGCAGGACCAGGAAGCUGUCAGGAUCUACAACCCUUUGCACCAGUAUAUCAGUGUUGAAAUGAAGAAGAGAUCCAGCGAAUACAGUUACAAGAAAGACAUAAAAGUCUUUGCUUCUACGUUCAAUGUGAAUGGAGAUCAUGACAUAAUAUUCAUUGGUUUGGAAGAAAUCGUUGAACUUACCCCUGGAAAAAUGAUGAACGUUCGUUCAGAGAACCUACUUGCAUGGGAAGCUCAAAUAAAGAGAGUUCUUGAAAGCUCGGACAGUAAAAGAACGAGGUACGUGGCGUUGUGGAGUGGCCAAAUGGGCGGUUUGGCUAUUCUUCUCUUCAUUAAAGCGGAACAUGUGGGCCACAUAACGAAUGUCGAGAGCGCCAUAAGAGACCAUGAUGCAGUUAUAUGGGUUGGGGACUUCAACUAUAGGAUCUCUAUGCUGAAUGAAACAGUUAGAUCGUUGGUCGAAGAAAAGAACUAUGCGAAAUUAUUUGAGUAUGAUCAGCUUAACAAGCAAAUGGCGAAAGGCGAAUCCUUCCCUUUCUACGACGAAAUGGAAAUAACAUUUCCACCAACCUAUAAGUUCGACAACCACACAUACAACUAUGAUACAUCUGAUAAGCAAAGGAUCCCGCAGACGUACAAAUGCUGUGAGGACAUCAUCUUCUCGGACCACCGUCCGGUAUUUGCUACUUUCAAGGCAUCGGUUGUCAUGGUUAAUGAGUCAGUCAAGAAACAGGUUUCUCAUGAGAUCUAUGAGGGUAUAAAAGAGUUAUCGGAGGAUGACGUGCUCAGGUUUGUGGAAGACGUGGCGGAGAAGGAUAUGCCUCCUCCAAGUUCAGAAUCGUCAAAAUGGUGGCUUGAAAGGGGUUUGCCAGCGAAGGCAGUCGUUAAGGAGUUUCUGGAAAACGUGGCAUCUGACGAGGCUAUAAUCAACCCUCGGCUUCCUGUAAACCCGUUUCAAAACACUACAGAACCUGAAGUCAUCAAGCUAAUCUUGUUAUUCCGUUGGACCUUUGCAUUCCUCAACACUGAGGGUGCGGGCAUUGGUGCCGAACAAUCACAGGGCGGAAUCAUGCAGUGCAUUUUGUUCCUGGUCAGAAGUAAGGACUGGCAGAUGUUGAUGGUGAAUAUGAUGCUAGCGUUUAAACGUGGACAAGUUUUUUACAAGCUCUACAAGCUCGUUCAGCGGAGAAGAAGAUGA